AUGGUGACAGAGACAGAGACACCCGGCCUCCCCGACUACGUGACGGACGAGAACGCCGUCCUCAAGGACGAGGCAAACUGGCGGUAUGGCAAGGCGCCCGACUACAGCAAGACGCGCGGCGUCUGGAAGGACAGCAAGAAGAUGAGCCACACGGCUGGCAGCCUCCCCGACCUGGUCGAGAAGCUCGUCAAGAACUGGGAGAUCGAGGCGUCGUUCAAGAAGGACCUCAAGGACUGGCGCACCGUCGACCCGCUCGAGUACACCUUCUCGGUCAAUGGCGGGCCGCCACAGUCGGGCGAGCACAUGCUGCAGGUGGGCACCUAUAACGCCAUCAUCGAGUCCAACGAGUACUACUGCCCGAUGCGAUCGUCGUUCGAGGCGAGCCACAAGUCAUUCAAGCGCAUGAUGCCGACGUUUGCCUGGGAGGUGCUCGAGGUGUACAGCGGCCCGCCCACGGUUGCCUUUCGAUGGCGGCACUGGGGGACGUUUAAGGAGGACUACGUGGGCGUCAACGACAAGGGCGAAAAGGUCACGGUCAAGGCGCACGGCGGCCUCAUCGACAUCGAGGGUGUGCUGGUGGCCAAGGUCAACGAGAAGCUGCAGAUCCAGAAAAUCGACGUGUGGUUCGACCCAAUGUCCAUGUUCCGGCAGAUGCAGGACCCGGAGGGCGCUAAAAAGGCCAUGCAGGAGAAGGGGGCGGUGGAGGAGCAGGAAAAGAAGGAUGCGGAGAAAUUGAACGCCGAAUGA